AGAAGGUCAAGGGUUCCUGGGGUGAUGAUCUCCCAGUAUGUGGAGGAAGUUCCAGCUGGGAUGUCCACCCCGGACUUCACACGCAAGCCCAUCGCUCUGACCAUCCAGGAAGGUAAACUAGCCUUCUUCAAGGCCAUGGUGAAAGGACAACCUGCCCCUACGGUCACCUGGACAAGAAACAAAGGAGAGCUCACCGACACAGAAAAGUACACAUGCAGAUACGAUGACAAGAAUAAAGAGUACUUUCUUGAGAUGCCCAAUGUUACAGCAGAACAAGCUGACACCUACAAAUGCUUUGCAACAAAUGAAUAUGGACAGGCAGUUAGCACUGCCUCUUUGAAUAUUAUUGAAGUUGGUUACAAGAAAAACAAGCAAAAAGAAGCCCAAAACGAAUCAGAGGACUUCAGAAAAAUGCUCAAGAAAAAAGUUGUGCGUGCUAAACCGCUUCCCCCGAAGAAGGAAGGAGAGAUCGACCCAAAGUUCUGGGAGGUUCUUCUGAGUUCAGCCAAGAAAGAUUAUGAAAAAGUCUGUGCUGAGUUUGGCAUUACGGACUUUCGCUGGAUGCUGAAAACUCUGAACAUGAUGAAGAAAGAGAGAGAGCAGGAGCAGGCUAAGCUAGUCAAAGAGCUGGACAACGUGAAGCAGAUAGAGGUCAAACCUAAUGGCAGAGCCGAGUUUGAGCUGGACAUGGAACUGAAGGAUCCCAACAGUAAAGUCUACCUGUUUAAGGAUGGUGUCAUGCUUGAUUAUAAUAAUGAUGACAAAUCAAAGCAUAAACUGGAGCAGGUUGGGAAGAAGUACUUGUUCAGCAUCAAAGACCUGACUCCGGAGGACGCGGGCCUGUACCAGGUGGACGUGGAGAACACCAACAUGUUCUCCACAGACUUCAAGAUCGUAGCAGCAGAGUUCGCUGGGAAGAUCCAAGACGUGACAGCCAAGGAAGGAGAGGAUGCCGUCUAUGAGUGCACCCUGUCUCAGCCCUGCCCUCAGAUCGUCUGGUUUGGGAACAGCGUCACCCUCGAGAAGGGGGACAAGUAUGACAUCACGGUUUCGGAGGACCAGCUCGUUCACACCUUGAAGGUGCGGAACUGUAAGCCGGAGGACAAGGGUGUUUACAUGGCCCUGGCUGGGAUCACUUCCUGCAGCGCGUCCCUCACAGUUCAAGAUCCUGGUGUCCAGUUCAUCAGUGGUCUGUCCGACACUGCUGCCACGCUGGGAGACACAGCAGAGCUGUCCUGCAAGCUGAGCAGUGAGGACUGUCAGGGGGUCUGGUACAAAGAUGGGAAGCCUCUCACUUCUGGGGACGGCGUGACUAUAAUCAAGGACGGAGCCUGUCACAGGCUGGUCAUCCAGAAGUGCAGUCUGGACGAUGGAGCCGUGUAUCGCUUUGAGGCCGACGGACGGAAAUCUGAGGCCAGUCUCACCGUCCAGAACCCACCCGUCUUUGACCUGGACGCCCUGAGUAAAUUCUCGGAGCCGGUCAUCAUCAGAGCGGGUGAGACCGCAGAGUGGAAGCUGACCUUCUCUGGAGGAGAGCCCAUGAAGAUCCAGUGGCUGAAGGAUGAUGAGGAGCUGAUGAACGGCCUCAACGUGAAGCUGGACUCGUCGCCCACCCACACCGGGCUACGCCUCACCAAGUGUCAGAGGAAGGACAGCGGGGUGGUCAAACUCAAAAUUAAAAACGAGUUUGGAUCGAUGGAGGCCACCUCCAAACUUAUCGUCCUGGACAAACCCACACCACCACAAGGGCCUGUGGACAUUCUGGAAAGCGCCAUCACAUCCGUGGAGUUCAAAUGGAAGCCUCCAAAGGAUAACGGGGGCUGUCCAGUGACCAACUACCUACUGGAGCGUCAGCAGGUGGGGAGGAACAAAUGGACGACUCUGGGGGCGAUCCCGGGGGACCUCCCCAGGUACAGGGACAGCGAGCUGGGCCCCGGGAGGAGGUACUGCUACCAUAUCAGAGCUCAGAAUGCGGAGGGCAUCAGCGACUUCCUGGAGACUGAGGAUAUCCAGGCUGGAGUUCUCUGUUAUCCUGGAUCCCCUUCUGCUCCCAAAGUGGUCAGCGCCUUCAAGGACUGCAUCAACCUGGCCUGGUCUCCUCCCUCCAACACUGGAGGGACAAAAAUCCUGGGGUACAACCUGGAGAAACGCAAGAAGGGCAGCAAUAUGUGGAGCCCUGUCAAUAUCGGAGAGACAAUUAAAGAAACCCACUAUUCUGUGAAGGACGUACAGGAGGGAGCUGCGUAUGAGUUUCGAGUGACAGCUAUAAACCUCUCCGGUCCUGGAGAACCCAGUCCUCCCUCUGAAACUGUGUUCGCAAGAGACCCCAAGAAACCCCCCGGUAAAAUCCUAGACCUAAAGGUAACAUCCUCCAAUUACACAACGUUUUCUCUGGCUUGGACUAAACCAAAGGAGGUGAAAGGGGUGGAGGAUGAGGCCAAGGGCUACUUUGUGGAGAUCAGACCAAUAGAGAACCCUGAAUGGAUUCGCUGCAACACCAACUAUGUCACCCACACUUCCUUCACUGUGAUUGGUCUGAAGGCCAUGGCCAUGUACUGGGUGAGGGUGAUCGCGACCAAUGACGGAGGAGAAGGGGAGCCUCACGGCUUUGAUGAUUACAUCAUUGCAAUGCCUCCCCCUGUGAGGCCUAGAUUCACAGACGACAAGAUGAAGAGCUUCAUGGUGGUUAAGGCUGGGAACACCGUACGUGUCAACAUCAACUUCGAGGCCUGUCCCUUGCCUGACAUCGUCUGGCUGAAGGAUGGUGUUCCCGUUUCCAAACGGGUGACGGUCACCAACUCAGACAGAGGAUCCCAGCUGCUGAUCCCGACGUCUGAACGCGUCGACACCGGCAUCUACACCAUCAUCGUCAAGAAUCUGGUCGGACAGGAAACCUUCAAUGUUGAGAUCAGGGUCACGGACGACCCCAAGCCUCCAGGCCCGGUGGAGCUGGAGCAGAACGUCCCUGGAACCGUGACCGUGUCCUGGACUCCCUCCCCAGACGAGAAGAGAGACGACAGACUGCACUACAUGGUGUCCAAGAGAGACUCCAUCAAGCGCACCUGGAGGACUGUGGCCGACCACCUCUUCAACAACAAGUGCACCAUCAUCAACAUCCUGCCUGGAAGGGAGUACCACUUCCGGGUGUUUGCCAAGAACGACAUGAGCCUCUCAGAGCCCACUGAGUCUCCUACCUGGAGAACCGAGAACAGGAGAGAGAAGUUCCUCCUGAGUCUCCCAGACUCAAAGGCCCUUAACUUCCAGACCCCCCCCUCAUUCCUGGUGCCCCUGAAACGACGCACGUCUCCACAGGGUUACGAGUGCUACAUGAGCUGUGCAGUGAGAGGGGACCCCACACCCCACGUCACAUGGUACAGGAACAACAUCAGCCUCAACACCAACACCAACUACUACAUCUCCAACACCUGUGGGGUUUGCUCCAUGCUCAUCCUUAGGGUCGGACCCAAGGACACCGGAGAGUACACAGUUGUUGCUGAUAAUCCUCUGGGAAGGGCAGAGUGCUCCACUAAAUUUAUAGUUAAAGAGUGAAGACCAGGUCACGUGAUCAAGGGAUACAUUUACCUGUCCAUGAAAUAUGGUUCUAUGUUUAAGUAUAAUGUGUGAAUAAAACGUAAUAUAACUAUAUGUUGUUCUCACAAA